AUGUCUGAACUCCAGAUAGCAAAGAUAGACGUCUUCAAAGUCGAACUGCCUUACUCUGAGGGCGUUUACUAUCUGUCAGGUGGCCGAGAGUAUAGGAGUUUUGAUACAACCAUUGUCCGAAUUACUACCAAUACCGGUAUCGAAGGAUGGGGAGAGAGCACCCCCUUCGUGUCAAAUUACAUCGCCUCUCAUGCUCUUGGUGUGAGAGCAGGCGUUGCCGAGAUCGCUACCUGGUUGAUCGGCUUGGACCCAAGUCGAGUUGAUCGCAUCAAUGAGGCUAUGGACUCUACUCUGAUCAGUCACGAGCACGCCAAAACUCCUAUCGAUAUUGCCUGCUGGAACAUCUUCGGCAAGUCAGUGGGAAUGCCUGUUUGCGAAUUGCUUGGUGGCCGCACUGAUGUUGAGCAUCGAGCACGGGGAUACAUCGGACACUCCGUCAAGAUCGGCGGAGAUCCUGGUGAAGAUGCUCGGCGAAUAACUGCCUCUCUCGCUGAUAUGCAGCCCGGUGAGUUCUUCCUGGUAGAUGCCAACGAUGGCAUGACCGUUGAAAACGCCCUUCGGAUGUUAAGGCUCCUCCCGCCUGGCUUGGACUUUGUUCUAGAAGCCCCCUGUGCCACAUGGCGCGAGAUCGUCUCUCUUCGUCGAAGAAGAAACGUGCCUAUUCACUUCGAUGAGCUUGCCACCACAGACGCCUCGAUAAUCCAGAUGGUAGUAGAUGACGCGGCCGAAGGCUUCGGGAUCAAAAUUUCGAAGAACGGCAGUUUGACCAAAAGUCGACGACAUAGGGACAUUGCUCUAGCGGCAGGCUACACCAUGAGUUGUCAGGAGACCACCGGGUCGGAUAUCGCUUUUGCGGCAAUCAUUCAUCUUGGGCAAACUAUUCCGGAGAGGAAUCUUAGGUGUAUAUUGGAGUGUAGAGACAUGUUACUUUGA